AUGGGUCUUAUCGAGGCUGAGAGAGCAUGCAAUGAAAAGGGAGCUACGCUGUUCAUCGCUGACUCCAUUGAGGAAUUUAACGAAGUAAUGAAAGAGACACCGCCAUACUUCUGGAGCUGGAUUGGCCUUGGACAGAGCGAGACUGACUCAUACCCGCGGUGGCAAGUUGUUCUACCAGACGGCCCGUCGCCUAUGAGGUGCGCCCUCCCGUCCGGAAGGCCAUCAUUUGGCGGUUACGAAGGACUGGAUCCCGCACUGCUGAAAUGGUUGAUCCUGCCGUUCGCGUCGAUGCCAACGGAUGGUCUUCGGUUGCCACAAUGUGCCGCCUAUUACAACAUGAAAUCCAUUUCGGGCAGUUACCUCUACUUCUACCCAUGUUCCUCGCUCUACCACUCUGUUUGCGAACGAAACACGACUCUCAGUAACCUCUACUGA